AUGGACCAAGACAAACUACUGAUCGUACUAGAUAUAAAAACAGGAAAGAAAGUCAUCAACAAUAAAUACAGAAUUCUUAAAAAGAUUGGACAAGGUCAAUAUGGUAAAGUGCUAUUAGGACAAGUAUUGGAUGAUACAAAACCUACAGUGAGAAAACAAUCUAUAUUGAAUGAUAGUGCCACAAUCACGUCAUCAUCAUCACCAUCAUCAUCAUCAACAACUCCCAUUACUUAUGUUGCUAUAAAAACCAUUAACCGAGUUGAUAAAGCAAAGCUAAUAACAAAGUCGUACAUCAGUAAUGUCACCAAGAUCAAGAAGGAGAUUAAAAUUUUGAAACAAUGCAAUCAUCCCAAUGUUGUCAAGCUAUAUUCAGUUAUUGAUGAUACCCAUUUCGACAAGAUUCUUCUAAUAUUGGAAUACUGUAAGUAUGGGGAGAUUGAUUGGAAACAUUAUAACCAUUAUUACGAAAAAUACACCACACAUAAACAUAGGCUACCACUCAAUCUAAACAAGAUAUUACGAGAUAUAGUCAAUGGGUUGGAAUACCUUCAUCUGUAUAAACACAUUAUCCAUCGAGACUUGAAACCACUGAACUUGCUAAUCGAUGAAUACAAUAAUAUCAAGAUAUCUGACUUUGGAGUUAGUCUAAUCUUGGAAAAUACCAUUCAAGACUCAAAAGAAUUGGCAAAUACUAUGGGCACACCAGCAUUUUAUGCUCCAGAACUAUGUCAGUUUGUGAAGAAUAGGUUUUCAAUGAUUACUAAUGAACAUCACCAAUUAAACAAGAUCAAAGUAGAUUUUAGAAUAGAUAUUUGGAGUUUGGGGGUUACACUAUAUUGCCUAAUGUUUAAUAAUUUGCCAUUCAAUGGGAUAAAUGAGUUUGAUAUAUGCAAAAAGAUUGUUGAUUCGGAAUUGAAAUUCCCUCAAAUAAAGCAUACUUCAAGAGUCACUGAUUCUGAUGUGGAAGAAUUGCAAUUGGUUAAAGAUUUGAUUAAACAUUUGCUACAAAAAGAUCCCGAUAAGAGAAUAACCUUGGAUGGCGUUAAACAUCAUAGAUUUACUACAUUUGACCUAAAUGCCUCACAGCGAGAGAAGUUUUUCAAUUUUAACCAAGCCAUUUUCAAAGAUGCUGAUUGCAAACGGAAAUUGAGUGAAGGUAAUGGAAAUGGAGACCCAAUACUUAAUAACAAUGGUCUUUCAACAAAAAUACGAAACUUUUUCAAAGGAACAAGCUCCACAACACCAACUCCUCCUGCAAAAGAUACCAUAUCAUCAGUGUCGAAUCUGAAAGAACCGCUUGCACACGACUCUGAAACCAAACGACCUAACUUGCCUGAUUUACAACACGUUGAUGAUUUGCUAGACUCAUACUUUGAUGACUCUUCUUCAUUGGGUAGUAGCAUAGGAGACAUGGAUGAAGAUCCUAUUGACACUUCCAAUAUCCUUGGUGAUAUGAUCAACAAUAACAACAAUGGCAGCAGCGGUUCCGUCUUGAAGCAUACACCACAACCAUUGGUUUUGAAACCAUUAGCUUUGAAGGGACCCUUUACUGCUGAUGCAACAUCCACAGAUGCAGAAACUAAAGGCGCGCUAAAUAAUGGCUCUGCUCCCAUCACACCAAGCUCCAGUCAUCAUCAUUCGUUAACUCCGACAAAUGACUUGUUUGCAACAAUAGGUCAAAGCUCACCCAACCAGAUCGAUACCAACGGACCUGUGUUUAGUCCAAGCAAACGGUUUUUUGAUAAACAGCAGCAACAGAAUAAAGAAGCACAGCAACAAUGGCAACAACAACAACCAUCCAUAAAAUCUUUAUCGACUGAUAAUGAUUAUGUUAUGGAACCUCCAUUCGUCUUCAAUAGGAAAUAUGGGUCCAGCAAUACCAUCAACACCAACAACACCAACACCAGCAAUAACAAUACCAAUACCAACACCAACACCAACAACUCCAAUGGCGAUAGAAGAAAUAGUGCUGAACGACCAAAACCACCAUACGCACUAUCACGUAUCCCCAGCUCAUCAAGCUCAUUGAACUUGCAUGCAUACUUCACUGACGAUUGUGAGUCAAUAGAAUCACUACGUUCCACUCAUUCAAAUCAUUCGUCGUCGGUAAAGUACAAUUUGAAAAAGGGGAGAGACAGUGUGGAUGUACACGAUAAAAACUCCAACUCGAGUGAAAUCAAAUCCAUGGGAGUUAUCGAUGGCAAUGCCGCUGAUAGUGGUGGCGGUGGUGGUAGUGAAGGAAAAGAAGAAGAAGAAGAAGAAGAAGAAGAAGAAGGUGAUUCAACGUUCUAUUUAGGCGAUGAAACUGCUGGCGUAUUUGAGAAAUAUCACGAUUUGACCAGCUAUUUGGACAGUCUCGAAUAG